UGAGUUCCCCGGGAGCUGGGAGGAAGGGUUCAUAAUGGCCUCCUCAGUGGUGGCCCUUAACUCCAACAAUAACAAUAACAAGCUCGUCAACAUGACAGAAAAAAAUCCACCCAUAUGUGUCAUCCGUCGCUACCGUAAAGGAGAUGAAAUAUGUAUUCGGGAAAUAAUAACAGAGGCGACCAUGGAAACAGUGGGAGACUUCUUCUGGGCAGCUGUCUUGUCAGAAAUAUUUCCCCAGGUUGCACUUUUAAUAAUUGCCAUAGCCUUUAUUGGAUUUGGGGUCCCAUUUUACUUCUGCCUCCUUGGUGUGCCUGUAGCUAUUGUCUUUAUUUAUGCAGUAAUAUGGGCAGGACAUGUCUUUAAGGCUAUGGAACUUCAUGAAGACUUGAACAAUAUAACACAGACGUACAUGCAAGACCCCGUUACUGGGUUUUGGGUGGCUGAAGUACUUGAAGUUAGUGGAGUAAAUGAACUCACUACCUUGGUAAAUAAAGCUAAGAAGGUGGAGUAUGAGUUCCUGACUGAGGAAGAGUUGGAUGCCAGAGGCCUCAAUUUAAUGGGACAAAAACGACAAAUUGCUGGUACUGUUGCCAUCUCUAAAUCGUUACAUGGAGGACUCAAGUAAGAAAUUUAGUGGUCCAUUUAAUGUUUCACUGUUU